AUGCAAUCGCGGGCUUCCGUCGAGAUGCACGGAUUCUGUGAUGCUAGCACACCAGCUUACGCCGCGUGCUUAUAUUUGCGGUCGGAGGCCAAUGGCAACGAUGAAGCACAUCUACUCUGCGCUAAGUCUAGAGUAGCUCCCUUUAAAGCUUUAACAAUACCAAAUUUAGAACUUUCAGCAGCGUGUUUAUGGGCUGAGCUUAUCGUAAACGUUAAGGAAACCAUAGGUUUUGAUUGCAGUUUUCACUGCUGGUCGGACUCGUCUAUUGUGUUGGCUUGGAUUCGGCAACUUCCGAGGGAGUUCAACGUAUUUGUGUCUAAUAGAAUCGCGAAAAUCCAGGACAUGACGACAGGAAUGACUUUGCAUCAUGUUCCAACAGACUUGAAUCCGGCGGAUGUGGUAUCGCGUGGAUGUACCCCCAAAGAAUUGCUGGAGCACUCCCUUUGGGCAAAUGGACCUCCAUUUCUACUGAAAGGAGCGUCGAACUGGCCCUCCCUAUUAGAUGCAGUAAAUAACCUUCCGGAACGGCGUUCCACGGCGCUAAUUGGAACCGUUGGCACUGACAUAUCUAUCAACUGCAAGUUUCUCAACUCAUUCGACAAGUUGAAGCGUGUUUUCGCGUACAUUUAUCGAUUCAUUUCAAAUUGCAGAGCCAAAUCAUUACCUUCAACCAUCUAUCUUACCGUUGACGAGAUCAGCUUCGGAACCGUUCUGCUUCUAAGGAGCAUUCAACAGGUUCACAUAGCGGUGGAGUAUGAGGUUCUUAGCCAAGGCAAGCCUUGUCCACCGAAGAGAAAGUUGAUUUCUCUGAGGCCAAUACUUAGCUCUGAGGGUUUACUUCGUGUUCGUGGAAGGCUUCAAAACGCGAGCUUGGACUACGAGGCUAAGCAUUCGAUAUUGUUACCCAAGGAUCAUCCGGUCACCAGAGCGAUUAUCGGCUAUUAUCAUGAGAAAUACUUCCACGCAUGCUUUCGGAUGAAGCCUGUGGCUUGGGAACACGUGUUGGGUAGCCUGCCAGCAGAUCGAGUUCAGCCUAACCCAGCUUUUCACACCACAGGAGUGGACUAUUGUGGACCGUUCUAUCACAAGUCAGAGGCCCGGAACAAAGCACCCUACAAGUGCUACAUCGCCGUCUUUGUCUGCUUUUCGACGAAGGCUGCGCACUUGGAAGUCGUCCAGGAUCUCACAACGGAUUCUUUCAUUGCAGCUUUGAGAAGAUUCGUUAGCCUUAGAGGCAGUCCACGUACUAUUUGUAGUGAUAAUGCGACAAACUUUGUUGGCGCUAAACGAGAGCUAGCGGAACUGAAGGAGUUAUUUUUGAGCGAACCCAUGUGA